CGGCGGCCGCGGGGGGACGGAAGGCGGAAGCAGAGUGUGAGCGGGAGGCGGAGCCGGGGGAGCUGCUCUCGUAGCUCCCCCUGGCUUCAGGCCCAGUUGCUCGAGGGGGAGGAGUUACCGCCGCUCUUUGGCAUCAGAACUUACCAUGAUGGCUGUGACCUAAGACCCUCAGGAAGCCCCGGGGUCAUGGCCCAGAAGCACCCCGGAGAAGGAGGGUUGUGUGGAGCCCACCACAGUGGUGGUUCCCCCCUCAGGACUUUAGGACCCUCUGUGGACCCUGAAAUACUUUCAUUCUCAGGACUCAGGGACUCAGCAGAGACUGCUCCUAAUGGUACCCGCUGCCUCACAGAGCACUCUGGUCCUAAGUACACACAGCCCCCAAACCCAGCCCAUUGGUCGGAUCCAAGCCAUGGCCCCCCAAGGGGUCCAGGACCACCUAGGGACGGAGAGGACCCUGAUCAGAGUGAGACAUCUUCAGAAGAAGAGUCAGGAGUGGACCAGGAACUCUCAAGGGAGAAUGUGGCUGGUUACCAGGAGAAUGGGAACCCUUCUUUUCUUUCCAUUCCAUCUGCUUGCAACUGCCAGGGAACCUCUGGAAUCCCUGAAGGGCCUUACUCUGACGGAGGAGAUGGCUCUUCUAGCAACUUUUGCCACCAUUGUACCUCUCCAGCCUUGGGGGAAGAUGAAGAGUUGGAAGAGGAAUAUGAUGAUGAAGAACCUCUUAAGUUCCCCAGUGAUUUUUCACGUGUGUCCAGUGGAAGGAAACCCCCAUCCCGCAAACAGCGGCACCGCUUUCCAACCAAGGAGGAUUCUCGGGAGGGUGGACGCAGAGAUCCCAGAUCCCCUGGUCGACAUCGGCUAGGGCGGAAGCGAAGUCAGGCAGAUAAGCGCAGAGGCCUGGGAUUGUGGGGAGCAGAGGAACUAUGUCAGCUUGGACAGGCGGGUUUCUGGGGGCUGAUUGAACUGCUGGUAUUGGUGGGAGAGUACGUAGAAACUUGUGGCCAUCUCAUCUAUGCAUGCAGGCAGCUGAAAAGCAGCGAUCUGGACCUUUUUCGAGUUUGGGUGGGAGUCUGGGCAGGGAGGCUGGGCGGCUGGGCCCAAGUGAUGUUCCAAUUUCUAAGCCAGGGGUUUUAUUAUGGGGCAGGGUUGUUUACCCGUCUACUUAGGCUACUGGGUGCUUUGCUGCUUCUGGCUGUGGCCCUCCUUUUGGGCUGUCUACAGUUGGGCUGGCGGUUUCUGGUGGGACUGGGUGACCGAUUAGGCUGGAGGGAUAAGGCCACCUGGCUCUUCUCUUGGUUGGAUUCUCCUGCCUUGCAGCGUUGCUUGACGCUGUUGAGAGAUAGCAGGUUAUGGCAACAGCUGGUAAAAAUAGUUCAGUGGGGCUGGCUGGAGUUACCUUGGGUCAGACAGAGGACUAAUAGGCAGGAGAAUACACCUGUAGCUAGUGGGCGCUACUACCAGCCUGAAGAGGAAGUGGCUCGACUCUUGACCAUGGCCGGGGUUCCUGAGGAUGAGCUAAACCCUUUCCAUGUGCUGGGGGUUGAAGCUACAGCAUCAGAUGUUGAACUGAAGAAGGCCUAUAGACAGCUGGCAGUGAUGGUUCAUCCUGACAAAAAUCAUCAUCCAAGGGCUGAGGAGGCCUUCAAGGUAUUGCGGGCAGCUUGGGACAUUGUCAGCAAUGCUGAAAGGCGGAAGGAGUAUGAGAUGAAACGAAUGGCAGAGAAUGAGCUGAGCCGAUCAGUGAAUGAGUUUCUGUCCAAGCUACAAGAUGACCUCAAGGAGGCAAUGAAUACUAUGAUGUGUAGCCGAUGCCAAGGAAAGCACAGGAGGUUUGAAAUGGACCGAGAACCUAAGAGUGCCAGAUACUGUGCUGAGUGUAAUAGGCUACAUCCUGCUGAAGAAGGAGACUUUUGGGCAGAGUCAAGCAUGUUGGGCCUCAAGAUCACCUACUUUGCAUUGAUGGAUGGAAAGGUGUAUGACAUUACAGAGUGGGCUGGAUGCCAGCGUGUAGGAAUCUCCCCAGAUACCCACAGAGUCCCCUAUCAUAUCUCAUUUGGUUCUCGGAUCCCAGGCACCAGUGGGCGGCAGAGAGCCACCCCAGAUUCCCCUCCCGCUGACCUUCAGGAUUUCUUGAGCCGGAUCUUUCAAGUACCCCCAGGCCAGAUGUCCAGUGGGAACUUCUUUGCAGCUCCUCAGCCUGGCCCUGGGGCCACUGCAGCCUCUAAGCCUAACAGCACAGUACCCAAGGGAGAAGCCAAACCGAAGCGGCGGAAGAAAGUUAGGAGGCCCUUCCAACGUUGACACCCCUUUUCUUCUUUCCUCAAAUCAAUGUCAGGGAGUCAAAAGGGCUGUGUACAGCACAGGAUGGAGUUUGAUUUGUUUAUUUUUAAAUAUUUUAAAAAGGGAAAGCUUAAAUCAUUUCUCAGUACUCGUAGGAAGCCCCUGAACCACUGUCCCCUCUCCCCCAGUACCCGGUAACUGAAUCUUGUCUUCUGACAAUACCAAAGAAAUAGGGAGUGGCUAGAGCAAAGAACUUAGGGCUUGGACAAUAUAUCCCUUUGAGGUGUGGGAACUGGGUAUUUUCCUGGGGUCUAUAUGCCUUUGUCUUGUCAUUUGCUUUUAGAACAGAUGACACUCCUCCCCCUGUUUUUAAACUAUCAGUCUAUCUUAUUUCUUGACCCAUUUCAGGAGGGAGCUCCCUCCUUCCCCCUGAAUAAUAGUUAAAAGACAGAACAAGAAAGCAUGUAGCCCUAAUUAUAGGAGAUGCAUAGAGUUCAGAGUGGAAACUCUGAAUUUUCCCUUUCACCUUGUGGGUAAAUCGCCCAAUUUCAGGCUUGUUGCUGCAAGGAUGGCCAAGAUUAAUAAUUUUUAAAAAGGAGACUCAUGCCUGCUACCCUUGGAUGAAGGGGAAGGCUAAGGGGAUUCCAAGAAGCCCCCUUGUUUUUUGUGAUCCAAGGGUUUGUAUUUUUUUAAGUUUGUUCAUAUUUGUAUGUAUAUAUCUAUUUAAAGCCAGGGGAUUAUCUUUCUAUAAAUACAUAACUGGCAAAUUGUACCUUCCCUCUCUUCUUUGCCCAUACAGCUGGAGCCCUUUUUCUCAUUUGAGAAUCCUUUCCCUACUACAUGUUAGCUGAGAGUGAAGGGCACCUCCUACUGGACCAAAGGAGAGGGAAUUAAAAAAUUGCUUAAGGUUUUAUAUAGUAAUUCAGUAUUCCAUCUUUCCUCCCCAGCCUUAUGAGGACAUCUCCCUACCUUGCCUGCUGAUCAAAUUGCAGCCAUAGCUGAAAAAA